UUAACUCUGGAUUAUCUCCGCCUCGUCCACAAGGCUUAGAUUUAGCUUAAUUAUACAUGGAGCUACCUACAGGUGAACACUCCUACCACCACGGCUACUCUAUUUCUUUCUCCUCCGGCACACCACAGUACACACAUCAUCAGCGUGCGCAAGCUCGAGCUCGUGCUGACAUGGAGGUCGACCACCAGCGGUUGUCGUUCCUCAUGGAAGCUACCUCCAUCACCAGCAAGGACGACGGCUCACCUCCCGCCUCUGCAGGAGACGCGGCCGGCGACCACAGUGGAGGCAGCGAGUUCAUGGCGACUCCUGUCGCGUGGCCGCCGCUGGGACUCCAGGGGUGCUCCAGUGGUUCAUGCAGUGCGCCGGACUCGCCGUUCAUCGGGGUGCGGAAGCGGCCGUGGGGCAAGUACGCCGCCGAGAUCCGGGACUCCACCCGCAACGGCGCCCGUGUUUGGCUUGGCACGUUCGACACUCCGCAUGCCGCCGCGCUCGCCUACGACCAGGCCGCUUUCUCCGUGCGCGGCCCGGCCGCCGUGCUCAACUUCCCGGUCAAGCUUGUGCAGGAGUCGCUGCGCGCGCUCGGCAUCGGCGGGGCCGCCGCCGCGGGGGACUCGCCUGCGCUCGCGCUGAAGCGCCGCCACUGCAUCCGGAAGAGAAAUCCCAAGAACAAGAGGAGGACGGGCACGGCGACGGCGGCAGCGGGGGCCGAUGCUGCAUCGUCAUUGUCAGCGUGCGUGCUGGAGCUGGAGGACCUUGGAGCCGACUACCUCGAGGAGCUGCUCACCAUGUCGGAUCUGUGAGCCACCGCUCCGCUCAUGCAUCCUAUAUAUGUAUAUAUGAUGACUUGAUGUGUCCGUCAUGGUGAACCGAACCGAGAGCUCCUGCCAUUUCUUUCCGUGAGAGCGACGCCGUGUUAUGCAGAGGUAGCGGCGAGCUAUCGCAUCCGUUUUACAUUGCUGGCUUGCUGCCGUGCCCACCAUCACUUCCAUUCCAUGUUUGUAAAUGGCAUGCAACAUUCUCUAAGGUAUCAACGAAGCCGAGCCCAAG